CACAUUUUUUGUCUUAGGCCAUCUUGAGAAUGAGCAGAGCGGUGCAUGUCAGGGCAUUCUUUGAUUAUAACCCAGAGCACGACAGUCUUCUCCCUUGCCCUGAGGUUGGGCUCGCUUUCAAGAAGGGCGACAUCCUCUGUGUUGUUGACCGAGAUGACCAGAACUGGUGGCAGGCUUAUGUAUUGAACAGAGAUGGCCCAACCGGGUUGAUACCUAGUGCAGAGUUGGAGGAACGCAGACGCGCUUUUGUGCCCAAGGAGAACAUCUAUACCAGGCAGACAGUAGCCUGCGGUCUCAUCCAGAGCAAGCGACGCCGGCACGAACGCUACCAGACCCGCAAGAACUACGUGUUUGACCGCAGCGACAUCGUCAUCUACGAGGAGGUACAGGAGAUGCCGCCCUUCCAGCGCAAGACCCUGGUCUUGCUGGGGGCCCAGGGGGUCGGCCGACGCAUCUUGAAGAACAAGCUAAUCGACUCAGACUACAGGCGGUUUGGAACUGCUGUGGCCCACACCUCUCGUCGGCCCCGGGAAGGAGAGGAGAAUGGCCUUGACUACUACUUUGCCUUGCGCCCAGAGAUGGAAGAUGACAUCAGGCAAAACCGCUUCCUGGAGUACGGCGAGUACGCAGACAACUUGUACGGGACGACGUACGACGCCAUCCGCGCCGUCAAUCGAUCAGGGAAGAUGUGCGUGCUCGAUAUCAACCCCCAGUCGCUGAAGCUGCUUAGAAACAGUGAGUUCCUUCCAUUGGUGGUAUUCAUCAAAGCUCCUGAGCUGGAGUCCCUCCGGAUGAUCCACGAGGCUGCUAAAGCUGCCGGGGAGACGGAGAAACAAGUCACGGACCAGGAUCUUCAGAAGACGGUGGAUGAGAGCGCCCGCUUGGAGCGAGCGCACAACCACCUCUUUGAUGUAGUCAUUGUCAACAGCAACCUGGAGGAGACUUUCCUCCAACUCCAGCAAGCCAUCGAGGACAUGGCUUCGAAGCGGCAGUGGGUGCCGGUGGACUGGGUCUACGACUCGCCCCUCAUCAACCCGACCACGUCCUGUUGAGAUUGGGACUGCAUGACCAGGAGCACAGGGUCGGAUUGCAAGGUGACACUGGUGAGGUGUUGUUUGAAUCAAACCGGCUGGGGCUGGGAGGAACACAUACGUCUAUGAGAAGUAGCCGCAGCCACAAGCUGGUGGCUUCUUUAAGUUUGUGUGCUGUCUGCUAGCCUUAGCCAUAUCUUUCGGACACGGUGUAAAACAGCAGGGAAAUCGCAAGCCUCGGUUUGUACUCAUACAAGUAGCUACUUUUGCGUCACAGUGUUCAAAUACAUCAGAUAUUGAGAGCCAUUUUGGGUUUUUUUUCUGGCUAUUUUCCACAGUUUUCUAACUGGAGCUAAGAAUUCUCACCUGAAAAUUUCUCAAAUGUUUUUGCUUCAUUUGUCCAGUCACACAAGUAGUUCUUGUGGCUUGUGACUCAGUUUCACUAAAAGCACCCACAAAUCAUCUAAACCGUGUCAAAGGACAAAUAAUUUAGAAAUUGUCCACAAAUUUUGGAAAGCCACAACUAGUUUUAAAAGUCCUAUGUUCUUGCAUAGAAUGUAUUCAAGCAGAAACAACUGAUUCGUCGGUUUAAAGUGUGCACACAGAAUGCAAACAUGUGAAGCAGGUUUUGUGAGUUGAGUGAAUAAUAUUCCAACAGAAAAGGAGAAGUUCACAAACUGGGAUUUUUUUGAAAAAUUGCCAACAGGGUCUACAGAAAUACACGGUUAUAAAGAGGUCGAAACACAUUUCAUUGUACAAAGCGUUCUGUGGAACAUUGCUUGCAAAAUAUGGGAGGGGUAGAAAAAUUUUAGAUUUCAAAUCUUAAUUUGUGUUAAUAGAUUUUUAAAUUCACUUCAUGCCUUGGAUCUUCCAGAUAAAAUCUUUCACUAAUUCAUGUACUUUUUUGCAAAUUUAACAUUGCUUGAAGUUCUUCAGCAAUCCAAGGGAGAAGAGUGUAUUCUGUACAGUAUGUGGAAAUUUAUGCAAACGCCACUUUGCUUGCGUGCAGUGAAGAAGUGCAUGCAUUGUCCCCAUAACAUUUUCCUCGAGUAUGCUGGUAAAUUUUUGUGCAGUGCGAACACCGAACAGGGUCAUGUCUUGGUUAGUGGUGAGUCAGGAAUGCGUAUAGAUUCUGCACCUCACUUGACAUUUUUUGGUGCAGAGAACUCGACAGUACCAAGAAUGACAUCUGAUGUGAGUGAAGUGCAUGCUGCCAUCCAUGGUUUCGUUUUGUUGCAUUUAGCAGGGUCCGCAUUUCACCGUGUCUUUUAGCUAGUUCUCAGAGUACCAAGGGUGGAACUAUAUGUAGCAUUUUAUGAAAAGGGCUACCGUCCAAAAAUACAGUUUUGUUCACUGUGCUGUAGUUAUGCAUUUUUCUAGCUAUUUGUUAUUGACUUAAAUUGUUUUUAACCUUUUCAAGGAAAACAACCAUUUCAUAAAAGGUUCCAAAAAAUAUUCCUGACCUUUGCUUUUUCUUUUUUUAAAAAGAUUUUUGUAUAAUCAGUUUUUAUUGAUGCAUGUUCACUUCUUUGCACAAAAGUUUCAUAGGUAUGCAAGCAAGGUAUGAGACGGAGAGACC